CGCUAUAAUGCCACACUAUGGCGACCAGUCGGCGGGGUGCGAUUAGUAUUUCUGUUUGGAGUGGCCUUACACAGGUGGUAGAGGCAUUUUAUUAUCAAAUACUUGUUGCCAUGUGUAAUUUUGCUGCAUGCGAUGCUUCUCUGUGCUUUUUGUUUGGAUAAAUCUGAAAAGCAAGGGUUUUGGCUGACAGAGACGGAGGAGAGUUCAGCUCCGUCAGCUCACAGCUGAGACAGAGAGACGGAACACACUGGUUUGGACAGAGAAGAACGUGCAGCAGAAAUGCAGAGAGCUGUGUGGUUUCUCAUCACCGUCUACGCCUCGGUGCCAGUUCUUCUCUAUUUGUUUCCCUGGAUUCUGGGCUAUGCUAUAUUUUCUCACUUGUUGAGGUUUCCAUUCUUUGUGGAUCUCAGCCGACCUGAAGCUGUGCUGAACCACACAUGCAACUUCUACCUCAGCACCGAGGCCGGCGUCUCAGUGGGCGUGUGGCAUACGCUCCCUGCCAGCCAAUGGGAGGAGGCCGUGGGGAGAAGCCCUGAGUGGUACCGGGAGACGCUGGGUGACGGCCGCCCUGUUAUUAUCUAUCUCCAUGGAAACCUUGGGACCAGGGCCAUAAACCACAGAGUGGAGCUGGUGAAGAUUCUGAGCACUGCAGGCUAUCACGUCUUAUCUUUAGACUAUAGAGGAUUUGGAGACUCCACCGGGGAGCCGAGUGAGGAUGGACUAACCAGGGACGCCCUCUACCUGUACCACUGGGUGAAGAAGCGAAGCAGAGGGAGUCUCGUGUGCUUGUGGGGACACUCGCUCGGUUCUGGUGUGGCAACCAAUACAGCCAUGAGGAUCCAAGAGCAAGAGUCUGCGGCUGAUGCUAUAAUCCUUGAAGCUCCGUACACAAGAAUCGGAGAGCUUGUAAUCAUACACCCACUCCUCAAGAUUUACAAGUUCCUUCCAGGGUUUGAGAGUCUGAUUUGGAACAUACUGGAAAGGAACAACAUAGUCUUUGCUAAUAAUGAAAAUUUAAAGGCCUUGACCAGUCCAGUCCUUAUUCUGCAUUCAGAGGAUGACAGUAUUGUUCCUUAUCACAUGGGUCUAAAGCUGCACCAGAUUUCACGCGAGGCUCAGACGCAACGCAACGCAGACAUUCGGGUUGAAAUGGUCUCCUACCCGGCAAAGCUUGGCUUCGGCCACAACAACAUAUACUUGGAUCCCAAUCUGCCAAAUGUGGUUAGGGACUUUCUACAAGCCUGAGGCCGUGAAGUGGCUCAGAAGAAGUGCAUCAUUGUCCGCAUUCCUCAAAAUACUUCUGUCCUGUACUUUAUCAUAAGUGUUUGAAGCUUUACACACUGAAGGAAACUCUUAAUAUAGUACAUGUUUUAUUUAAACACUACAAAAUUCUUUAGAGCAGAAAUUAGGUAGGUUUACAUUUUUCCCUAAUCCUCGUUAAACUGUGAAACAGAUGCAAAUAAAAUCUGCCUAGAGUCUUGAAUAUCA